GCUAGGGUUGGUGACGAGCGCGAACCGUGAUAAGGAAACAAGUCCGGGCUGCUGCAAUUAUCACUGAUCCGAGCUGCGAGUUCUAUCACAGGUCCGGGCUGCAGCAACUGUCAUAGGUCCUGGCUGCAACGCCCGGCGUGAGAGCCCAACUGCAUCUUCAGGUGACCCAUGGAACCAGACACGAUGGGGCCACAACUGACCACGGGCGAAGAAAGGAAGGAGUACAAGACAUCGCCCGAUCGAGCGCUGAGGGAUCUGAAGGAAAGGAUUAGGCGGAAAGCACCGCUGAGAUGGGCUGAUCAAACCAAUGACGGAGAGCCCGACGUAAUGGGUGAGCCGGUCGUGACAGAGCCGCAGGAGGCUCUGAAGACAGGAACCUCGAGCAGCCGACGAGAAGUGACGAGACGACGCUCCCCCGAAUAUGAGUGGAGGGAAACCAUGACGGAUAGGCACAGGGACGACUGGCGAGAGAGUUCGAGGGACUCCUAUUGGAGGGACAAAGAUAGAGAUAGAGCACCGUCGCGGCGUGUCUUCGACCCCCAAACGGCGGAAUCACACCCACUCCCUUACGAGAGCAAGGAUCGCUAUAUUAUUCCGCACAAGACCUCAGAGCCUCCUACUUUCAGGGGCUAUGGCAUUACAGAAUAUCUGGAGAAGUGGGAGCUUCACGCUAGCCGGAGUCAGUGGUCGGAAGAAGAGAUUAUAGAGAAUUUCUUAUUUAAUGUGGACCCAAGUCUCGGUAAGGAAGUUAAGGAAGCUCAACCGAAGGAUGGGAAAUGGACUACGUACAAGAAGAACCUUGUUGAGCUUUACAAAUUGGAGAAUAACAAGUACUCCAUCAAGGACCUUGAGACGAUGACUCAAGAUGAAGAUGAGAGCGUACGGGCAUUUGGGAUGCGUUUCCAGAAGAUCUCCGACGUGCUGAUGAAGAAGGGGAAGAUCUCAGAGGUCGAGCGCUGUACUAUCUUCAUCGGACACCUGUCCAAAUGUAGACAAAAGAGUCUACUUAGAGAUCUUCCGCGUGACAAGCUUGACUUCCCAGAAGUUCUAAAGCUCGCGACAAAGGCAGAGGCAGACGACUACAAGGACUUGGUGUGCAGAGGGAUGAGGAGACGUGACUUUUCUCUCUACAAGGAGUAUGUCACCGAUAGAUGUCCUGAUUUCAAAGACCAUCCUUGGUCGGAGAAAAAUGAAGCCGUCGCCGAGGAAGUGAAGGAGAUAAGAGACAUGGUAAAGGGAUUGACAAGACAGGUUACAGAGAUUGUGACUAAGGACGAGAUUCCGUUUUAGGCCUCGCGGAACGGAGCAGUUACCUCCGUUGGUCCCGUCGCCCGGGGCUAAUUCGUAUUCUGUGCACCUGCGGGAUGCU